AUGGGGAAACGGAAAUCGAAGGCGCUGCAGACGAAGAAAUCCAAGCUGCCCAAGCUCGACAAAGAGUUUGAGUGCCCGUUUUGCAGCCACCCUCGAGCGGUGGCGGUAAAGAUGGACCGCGGGCGAAACAUAGGGACGCUGGCUUGUCGAAUUUGUGGUACCUCGUAUGAGAAACGAAUCAAUCGGCUAGACGAGCCCAUCGAUAUCUUUGGCGCGUGGAUCGACGCGUGCGUGAAAGCCAACACGCAGGCGGCGGAGCAAGCUAGGCGGAAGGUGGGGUCGUCCGCUGAAGGGGAGGUCGGCGGAUUUGAUGGAGAUGGCGCUUCUUCUGCAGGUUUGCCUUUCCGCGGCGGCCUCGCAGGCGCGCGACCGCGAGCAGGAGGGUCGACUGGAGAAGAACGAAGAAGACUUGGAAUUGAUGCGCAGGAAGCUGCGAGGCGGAGGAGUUCAGCAGUGGCAGAAGCCUCGGACGGGGACGAUGAAGAAGAAGAAGACGCCGACAGUGACGAGGAUCUUCAACGCACAUCGGCGUCCGUUUCAAGCCGAGGCGCGGCCUCAGGAAGCGGCGCCCGUUUGAAGCGUCUGCGGGGCGGCCGAGGAACGGAUGACGAAAGCAGCGAGUAUGAAGACAGUGCCACGAAGGAGAGAUUUUACCACAGAGGCGACUCAGCUGCGCCGGAUGCGAUGAGGGUACUUAGGAGACUGCGAGAACAACAGAAAGAGGAAGAAGAGGAAGCGGACAGUGGGCGCGACGGCGCCUUAUUUGAAGACGAUGAGUGA